AUGGAUGGACGUUCGUAUCGAGGAGGUUCAAAUAAACUCAGUUAUGGCCAGAUCGUGCUUUUUGGCGAUUCAAUCAUUGAAAAGUCGAUCGCGCAAGGGGAUAAGAUACCGAUGACUUCCUGGUUACAAAACGGAAAGCGAGACAUCAUCAAUCGAGGGUUGAGUGGCUACAACUCGUCCCAAGCACUAAAAGUACUUCCACACAUACUUCCUGACCGUUCGUCACCUACCGAAAUAAAAAUCAUGGUUGUAUUGUUCGGGGCAAACGACGCAGGUUACGGAGAACGCAAGAAUGGACCUAAUCCCCAUGUGCCCCUCGACCAAUACAAAGAAAACAUGGCCAAGAUCAUCAAUCAAGUCAAGGAUAAUUGCUCCCGCGUGAUUCUAGUCACUCCACCACCAGUCGAGGAAAGACUAAUGGCCGCAAGAGUUAAAGAAAUAGACUUUGAGGAUAUGAAGUGGACCAACGAUCAUACCAGUACCUAUGCGGAAGCGAUUCGAGAGCUUUCGAGCAGCCACAGUGUUCCUUAUCUAGAUUUGUUUCAAGAUAUAAGUGCUGCUGUUGGCUGGAAACCAGGAACUCCUAUCCCAGGAUCGGCAAGCGAGCCAGAAAACCCUGAUUUCAGGAAGUUGAUCAUUGACGGAAUCCAUCUUGGUGGGCCAGCGUAUGCGAUAUUCCAAAAUGGAUUGAUGAAGGUGAUUGAACAGAAUUGGCCGGAUCAGAUGCCCGAACGUCUGGAACCAGUUUUCCCAAUCUGGGAUGACGAAGAUGCAUGGAAGGCCCUUUGA